CGCGGGGACCAUUAGGAGCCGGUGGCAAAGAAAAACAAAAAACAAAAACGUUUUAUUUGCAGCACACGGAUGCUGCUUCUGCCGCUGCUGUUUCUGUCUCUGCCUCACCACCCGGGUCGGACACACGCUCCGUGACAAGCGGAAUUAUCACUAAUAGCCGCGUUUAUGUAAUCGAUACACCGGAUCGCUUUGGGGGAGAAAUAGCAGACGUAGAACCUUCACCUUCCACUUGACAGAAAAUACCGUGUGCCAUAUGCUCUGCGAUUUUUAGAGCAGCCUAUGGCAGCUCAUUUGUCCUGAUGCGACGCGUGUGAUGGUUGCAGUGGGACGGAUAUCCUUAAUUUUAUCCAAUAGGCGUUCUCAGUUUUUUUUUUUUUUUUUUUAGUUUUUUUUGCACCCCUUUUUUGCGCUGACCUUAUCAACAAUGCUUUAAAUAGGCAAUUGAUAAUUGCCAUGUUUUUCGGCUAUUCUUUCCCAUUUGUUUAAGGAAAACCCAGACAGACUCUUAAAUCCAAGAUAAUCACUCCACUUUUUUUUUGUUUGUUUGUUUUCCGUUUAUUUUUUUUAUUUUUUUUUUGUGAGUCUGGUCGAAUUUGAUUUGGAGAUUUUUUUAAAAUUCAUUAUUUAUUUCAUUUAUUUAUUCUUUAAGGAAAAAAAAAGAAGAAAACCACCAGUGGGAGUCAGGUUUGGACUGUGGCUGGUUUGGGGGAGAAGAGGGGGGCCUACACGGACUUGAAUCCCCGUCAGAAACUCUGCAGGAUUUUUCCUCCUGCUCAGUCCAGAGGAAUACCUUUAAGUCCGCGGGGUUGCUGCUGGUCCUCUGAGCGUUUUCUUCGGCGCUCGCCGCAUCCGAGGGAAUGGUGGCCGCGCCGCAGAUCCGCGCAACUCUUUCUGAAUGUUUGGCAUUUUUCGCAGGCGAGCAUCUUGACUUGUGAUCGAGAGAGACGCGGACUGCAGCAGCCCUUUUCACAUGGAGAUUUGUGCCUCGGUCGUACUGCAAAUCUUGAAAACGGGGACCGGGGCCCUGCUGAUUUUUCCUGCACUGCACUCAACCUCGAUUUCAUUUAUUCGAGAAAAUGCAGAACCCAAACAGCAGAUGAACUAUGAAUGCUGAACACAAUGAUCUCUUCCCUCCAGCGCCAGACAAUGAGAGGUCGUAGGCUGAAGGGGGCACUGUCCAACCCCCUCUUUGUGCUGCUUUUGGCCCUUCAGAUCCUGGUGGUGGCUGGGCUGGUUCGCGCUCAGACCUGUCCUUCGGUCUGCUCAUGCAGUAACCAAUUCAGCAAAGUCAUAUGCACCCGUCGAAGUCUACGGGACGUCCCAGAUGGCAUUUCCACCAACACUCGCUACCUGAACCUCCAGGAUAACCUCAUUCAGAUAAUCAAGGUGGACAGUUUCAAACAUCUGCGCCAUCUGGAAAUCCUGCAACUGAGCAAAAAUCACAUUCGCAGCAUUGAAAUUGGCGCCUUCAAUGGGCUUGCCAGCCUCAACACCUUGGAGCUCUUUGAUAAUCGGCUCACGACAAUCCCCAAUGGAGCAUUUGAGUACUUGUCCAAGCUGAAGGAAUUGUGGCUACGGAACAACCCUAUCGAAAGUAUACCAUCUUAUGCCUUCAACCGGGUCCCCUCGCUUCGAAGGCUGGAUCUAGGUGAGCUCAAGCGUCUCUCCUACAUUUCUGAUGGAGCUUUCAAGGACUUGAGCAACCUGCGCUACCUGAACCUGGGAAUGUGUAACCUCAAGGAGAUUCCCAACAUCUUACCAUUGGUUAGGCUUGAAGAGCUCGAAAUGUCAGGUAACCAGCUCUCUGUGGUCAAGCCCAGCUCAUUUACAGGGUUAGUGAACCUCCAGAAGCUGUGGAUGAUGCAUGCCCAGGUCCAAACUAUUGAGAGGAAUUCCUUUGAUGACCUUCAGUCACUGGUGGAGCUCAACCUGGCUCACAACAACCUUACCUUUCUACCACAUGACCUCUUCACACCGUUGCAUCGCCUGGAACGAGUCCACCUCCACCACAACCCUUGGAACUGCAACUGUGACAUUCUGUGGCUCAGCUGGUGGCUGAAAGAAACAGUACCUGCCAAUACUAGCUGCUGCGCACGUUGUCAUACCCCUACAGUCUUUAAAGGUCGGUACAUCGGAGAACUGGACCACAGCUACUUCCAGUGUGACGUUCCUGUUAUAGUGGAGCCACCCAGUGACUUGAAUGUGACAGAAGGCAUGGGUGCCGAGCUUAAAUGUCGUACAAGCUCGUUGACCUCCAUCAGCUGGCUUACACCAAAUGGCUCAUUAGUGACACAUGGGGCUUAUAAAGUGCGGUUGUCUGUGCUCAACGAUGGGACACUUAAUUUUACCAGCGUCACAAUGCAGGAUACUGGGACUUACACCUGUAUGGUUAGCAACACAGCUGGCAAUAUUUCUGCCUCUGCUGUGCUUAAUGUCACUUCUGUGGAAAACAGCGGAGUGACCUAUUUUACCACAGUCACCGUGGAGACCAUUGAGACUCCGGGGGAUGAUAGCCAAACACCGCUUCCCCCAUUUGGCUGGGUGUCAUCCUCAACAACAAAAGGGACUCCUAUUUCAACAUGGACCACAGAGCGGACUUACACCAUUCCCGUUCUUGAUGUGGAUGGAGAGGGACCCCUCAAUGGCCUGGAUGAGGUGAUGAAAACCACCAAGAUAAUCAUCGGCUGCUUUGUGGCCAUCACACUUAUGGCUGCCGUUCUGCUGGUUAUUUUCUACAAGAUGAGGAAGCAGCAUAACCAGCAGGAUCCCGAUGGCCCCGCAUCCUCAAUGGAGGUCAUUACUGUUGAAGAAGACAUCACAGGUGUCGCUGCUAUAGAGAGACACCUAACGCUGCCCCCGCUGGAGCACUACAACCACUACAACACCUACAAGAGCACUUACCACCACCCUCCUAUGCUCAGUACCAUACACAGUUCAGCUACACAAGAACCUUUACUGAUUCAAGCCUGCUCAAAAGACAAUGUACAAGAGACCCAGAUCUGAUCUUAAAUUUUGACUAAAUAUCCAGUAUCAGCAGUUUCACACUUGGAGUGCAAUGGACCAAAUUGUGACGAUAAAGAAAUCAAAUGCCAUUGACUUGACAGAGUUGAUGUUGAUAAUGGCACUUAAUCAGCAUUUGGGAUGACAUAUGAUACUUUAAGAAGUGUCUUUACAAAAAACAAAGAUUAUUUAUUAAAAUAUGUCUAGUGGCUAAAUGAAGAAAAACAAUUUGUGAUAGCUUUUUAGCUCAUUUUAUUUCUCUCUCUCUCUCUAUGUGUAAUACUGCACAAGGGAAAGAAUGGUUUCCUGGAAUAUGUAAGGUGUCAAAUGCAGCAUUUGAAGGCACCGUAGAUUUUGGCCUUACACUAAAACUAACGCAAUUAAUUUAGUUAAUAUCACUUACUUAAUAUUACCAUAUAAUGAUAUGUUUUGUUGAAGGGCAUUGGUUGAAUAUUUCUAAGUGUUUAUUUGCUGAGCAAAUCCUGUCCAAUUUGGAGGACGUUUAUGAGACAUAAGGCAUAAAAUGGGUUUAUUUUUGUCGCCAUCAUGCUCUAGCUGUCACUCAAAACAAAAUUAGAUCUUUUAAUGACACAGCUCUGGAUGAUAUCACAGUGAAGCCAGCAUGCCUGAGGAGCAAAGCUGCCAAAUGAGUAAAUGCGCAUUUCCCCUGUGGCUCCUAAACAACAAUGAUGAAUCCUUCACUUUAAUUAAGAUUAAGGUCUUGCUCCCACUCCUCCUCCUGCCUUUUCUUUACACGCUGUACACUUUACCUUUGCUGCAUUUUUCCUCCUGCUCCUCCCUUUAUCAAUCCAUGACAUGUCUGUGGUUUCUCUUUUUCUCUGUGCACUCUCAGCCACCGCAUCCUCAUGCUUCUUCGACUGUCUCUCUGUCACUUAGCUCAAGCACGUUCCUCACCCCUCGCCAUGUCUCAUUUGUCUCGCUUUAUCCACCGCCAUGUGCUGCACGGCAGCAGAAUAUUGCUUAGGAAAAUGAAGGGGAGCAUAAGGCUGUGGUUUGUAGCCUCCCUGUUAACCCAGUAAUGAUCUACGUCCACUCAGUGUCGCGUUACCUUGCCAUCACCCCAGGGUCACACGAGCUCCGGCGCUGAUAGUCCAUCUGUUAGUACAGAUAAAGACGCAAAUGAGGCUGUAUUGUAAUGCACUGUGACCCUGUCAGACUGACGCAGACGGGGCUAACAUAGUCAGCGAAGCGGUUAGGAACCUGCAACAAAAUAAGGGAAGAUGUGUUAUAGCUCAUUAAUCUGUAUCUGCAGUUCAUUUGCAGACUAACAGAGAAAAGCUGAUAAGAAAACAGCAUGAGACUUUUCCACUCUCCCUGUGCCCAACAUCUAACGGGGGGUUGAGGCCUUUGAUAUUGAGGCGACCCCUGCUCGGUCUCAUUUUUGUCAGCUGAAAAACACACACACACACACACACACACACACACACACACACACACGCACAUACACUUUGAUGUUGCAUCAUUUAUAAACCAUCAAAACAUUGUCUCUCCUGUUGUCUGUUUACGCUUUGCCUUUUCAUUUAUUCUUUCAAAGAGGAAGGCUUAAGAAAGGGGAAGGCAGGAAUGAAAAGUGGAGAACAGUGUUCGGGGAGGGGGAGCCGGACCCACAGUGGUCAUGAGGGGUCUUCAAACGGAGAUAUUGCAGAUAUGAAGGGAGAGGAGUGAAAAAUAGAUAAGGAAUAAGCAGGCAAAACUAGCCAUCAGCCUGUCGCCAUGGAAACAGUGACCUUGUGCAGAAAGUAAGAAGAGGUAGAUAUGCCUUUCGCUUUGGUCUCUGUGCAACAAGCAUAUUUUAAUUUCCCACUGGCGAUUUCACGAAUACGACUGAUUAUCAGCUGAACUGCCAUAACAGAAUGUGUAUUUACAGACGGCUUUUGAUCCGCACAUGACGUCACUCCGCAGUCUGAACUUAGAACAAAUAAUCUCUUACUGCGGAAAAUUGCUCGGUUUAAGAGUCCAACGGUUCCACACGCCUUAUUGACUUCCCCUAAUACCGUAGCUUAGAGUAUGAGCAUAAUAAAAAGCGCUGUCACUCGCAAAACUAUAAACCUCUGAUCAGUCGGUCUCUCAUAUGUAUCCUUUCUGCACUGACGUUAGGGCACUGAACAAACGCAUCUGAACAAAAACGUGCACUUAAAAAUUGGCCGUGUCUGGUGAGCACAGAUGAAAGUCUAAAUGGAGCAGGAACAAUCGAGAAAGGAAGCCUAUUCACGCCGCCAGCCCUUCAAUGAGCGUUAUGAAUGACGAGAGUAAUAGCGUCAAUGCUAAUCUCAAUGAGCAAACCAUUCUUUCCCUUUCCACUGUUUCCUUUUUUUCGAUGCUCAAUUCCUUUUCAAUGCUUUUGGUGGCUUAAUGAUUCAAUGUUGACGCUGGCUACAGUGAAAAAAAAAAGAUUCCAAUUUUUUUACAUACAUAUAUAUAUAUUUGGGGAUGAGGGUCGUGCGAAUGAAUGAAUGGAAUAUCUCUGUACUGGUAUUUACUGCGGGAGGACGGCUUAUGUGAGGGGGAAUAUUCGAAUGCCAGAAUGAAAUUAAGACUAACAUGAAGAAUGUUGGACUGGAAAUACCAGCAGAGUGAGCUUGAUUUUUGUGCAAAACCCUUAGCCAAGGUGAUCAAAUUCUUGUGUGUUAUUCUGCCAACUGUCCAUGUAUGGGGGGGAUGGGGUGGGCGGGGGUUACUGUAUGUGGGGACAUUCUCUCUCAUUUUUGGAGAGAGUAAUCAUCACAUGGUAAAAUUUCUACAAAAAAAAAACAAAAAAAAAAUAUUUUCAAAAACAAUACAAAAAAUCUUCAGAUCAUAAUUUUACAUGUGCUUCAAUUGUUAAAAAAAAGACAAAAAAGCAAAACAAAAACGAGAAAAAAAUAAUAAACCAACAACAACAAGAGACUGUGCUUGUAAGGAGUCCAACUAAUUUCCCUGAGGAUGAUGUUCAUUUAUUGAUACCUGAGAUUGUAGUUCAUACUGUACAUGAAUACAAAUAAAAAUUGCAAUUCUUUUUUUUCCA